UAAUAGCUUUCACAUGCAACUGUAUCAAGUGAAAGAUUCGAAGGUUGGUUAAAGGAACUGCUCAUCUGCCGACAAGAACCGGGAAGAGACUCAGAUCCUUCCAAGGGUUCUAAAAAGAAGGAACUAGGACGGCAAACCAUGACCGCUCUGCUGAAAGAACUGCGAUUUUCAGUCCCCUGGGGUCAUUUGGCUGCAAAAGCUUGGGGUUCAACUGAUGGACGUCCUUUUCUGUGCCUGCACGGCUGGUUAGACAAUGCAAACACUUUUGAUAGACUCAUCCCUUUACUUCCACAAGAUAAUUACUAUGUGGCUCUGGAUUUCUCUGGGCAUGGGUUCUCCUCCCACCUACCAAAGGGAAUGCUCUACCAACAUCUGGAUUAUGUGCGAGAUGUAUACAGAGUAGUGACCGCUUUAGGAUGGAAAAAAUUCUCAAUUUUGUCACACAGCAUGGGUGGUGUUGUUGGUGGUCUGUUUGCUUCAAGUUUUCCGGAGUCUGUCAGUCACCUUUUCCUGCUGGAUUCAUAUGGAUUCUUUCCAAUACACCCGGACUUAAUUCAGAGUAAAUUAAAAAAAACCAUCAAGAAUUUUAUUAAUAUAGACGAUACAUCAAAACCAAAGGUUUAUACCUACGAGGGUGCUCUGCACAGGUUAUUAGAAGCCAGUUUCUCACUGACACCUGCUAGUGCCAAAUUGCUCUUGCAAAGGGGAACCACAUCCGUGCCAGGAGGAGUGAUCUUCAAUCGCGACAUCAGAGUUAAUGCGAAUAACGCUUUCCCUCUAUCGAUAUCAAAUUGCUUGAUGAUCAUGAAGAGCAUUCAGGCUAAUGUCCAUGUUAUCUUGGCGAAGAACGGACUGGAUGAAGAACUUUCACGAGGAGUUUACUCCGAAUAUGGGCGGAUUCUAAUGAAUGGAUACCAAGAAUGUCUAAAGGAGCGCUUUCAACUAUCUGUCGUGGAUGGAAGCCACCAUGUGCAUAUGAAUGAACCAGAGAAAGUGGCCGAAAUUAUAAAUCACCAGUUACUAAAAACAUCACAUCUCUACUCCAACCUCUAACCUGAAUCAGACAUAUUUAAACAUGUUUUUAUCUUUAAUUGCAUUGUAUCAAACUUUCCUAGUUUUUUUUUUUUUUUUGCACUUGUAAAAUAAAUUAAAUAUGGCAAUCUUA